CUCCACCCCGAGGUCUGAGGAUGCGCACUUAGUUUCCUUCCUUGUCCCACCCCGCUGAGGGCCUGAGUAGGGGCACGUGACGGAACACCUGAUCUCCAUGGGCCGACCUAGAUGGCGUCCUCCAGCGUGGCACUGCUCUUGCUAACCUUGGCUUUAGGGUCUCUGUUGCUCGUAUGGUGGGCUCGGCGACGACCUCGGGGCCGGAGCGUGUGCGUAGUGGUGCUCGGAGACGUGGGCCGGAGUCCCCGGAUGCAGUACCAUGCGUUGUCCCUGGCCCGGCGCGGCUUCGACGUGGUCAUGCUGGGGUACUGUGGUUCCAAACCUCAUGAUGAACUCUUAAGCAACAAGAAAAUUCGUAUUUUGUACUUGCCUGAAGUUAAGCGAAUCCCAGUUGGUCCCCAGAUAUGUCAGUAUGGUAUAAAAGUUGUUAUCCAGGCAGUACACCUUCUGUAUGUCUUGCUUUUAAAGACUUGUCCAGUGGUCUACAUUUUACUCCAGAAUCCACCUGGCCUGCCCAGCAUUGCUGUGUGUUGGGUUGUGUGUUGUCUUCGCAGGAGCAAGCUAGUCAUUGACUGGCACAAUUAUGGCUAUACCAUCAUGGGUCUGACACAUGGCUUUGCCCACCCUCUUGUACAGCUAGCUAAGUGGUAUGAAAAGCUCUGUGGCCGCCUGUCAGAUCUAAACUUGUGUGUGACCAAUGCAAUGAGAGAAGACUUGGCAAAGAACUGGAAUAUACGAGCAGUGACGGUCUAUGACAAGCCAGCAUCAUUUUUUACCUGUACUCCACUAGAGAAACAGCAUCAUCUCUUCAUGAAACUGGGCCACAGCUACUCUCCAUUCAAAGCAUGCACCAAGCCCUUGGACCCAAUCUUUGAGAGAUCUGCAUUCACAGAGCUCAAUACUAGGAGCAGGAAAGUGCUACAACUUGAUGGGCGACCAGCUUUGCUGGUCAGCAGCACGAGCUGGACAGAAGAUGAAGAUUUCUCCAUCUUGCUGAAAGCUUUAGCAAAGUUUGAACAAUGGAUCGUUGAUGGAGAAAACCUGCCUUCUCUCAUCUGUGUGAUAACAGGUAAAGGUCCUCUUAAAGAGCAUUAUGGCCAAAUCAUCAGCCAACUGUGCCUGAAGCACAUUCAGAUCUGCACACCAUGGUUGGAAGCUGAAGAUUACCCUUUGCUUCUUGGAUCAGCAGAUCUUGGGGUCUGCCUCCACAAAUCCUCUAGUGGCUUGGAUCUUCCCAUGAAGGUGGUGGAUAUGUUUGGUUGCUGCUUACCAGUUUGUGCAUUACAUUUCCAGUGUUUACACGAACUUGUGAAACAUGAAGAAAAUGGCCUGGUUUUUGUGGAUUCUGAGCAGCUCGCUGCUCAGCUGAAGAUGCUCUUCUCAGAAUUUUCCAGACCUGAUAACAAACUGAACCAAUUCAGAAAAACCCUUAAGGAAUCCAAACAGUUGCACUGGGACGAGAGUUGGGAACAGAAUGUUUUCCCAUUAUUGACUCACACUUGAACACUUUGGCUAAAAACUCAAUUUCAAUAAACAUCUUUUAAGUAAGAAUUUACCUCAGGACACCUUGCUAGGGUUCUGGAAAUACAAAUUAUGAAGAAUUACAUUCCUGUUUUAAGUAAUACUAGUUUUACAGAGGGAAGAAACAUGUACACCCAACUAAUACCUUAGGAAAUGAUUAAAUACAUAGGAGAGGUCAAAGAAUAUCUUGAGAUUCAGAGAGGAAGGAAUUCUUGCUGAGGGGAUUUUGGGAAAGUUUCAUGGAAGAAACAUUUGAACUAGGCUAUGACAAAUCCCAAUACCUUACAUGCAUGUAACACUUGAAGAUUCCCAAAGUCAAAGCAACAAUAAGCAGGAUAAGAGGUAGGUAGGAACCUGAACUAUAGUAGUAGGAAUGGAAAGAAGAGGUGACCAAUAUUUUGGGAAGUGAGAUUCAGAGAUGACUGAAGAUUUAAGCUGGGAAAAAAAUUUGUAAAACUUCAUAUAUUGGGGAGGGGUGGUGGUGGCAGUAGCUGGGUAGCUCAGUGGAUUGAGAGCCAGGCCUAGGAACAGGGAGGUCCUUGGUUCAAAUUUGACCUCAGACACUAGCUAUGUGACCCUGGGCAAAGCACUUAACCCUCAUUGCCUAGCCCUUACCAAAUUUCUGCUUUAGAACCAAUACAUAAGCAGGAAAUAAGAGUUUAAAAAAAAAAAACUUCAUAUACAGGGGAAAAACAGAUGGAAGAAUGGGUUGGGGCAACACAAGUUUCAUUUUACUUGGGUUUUUUUUGUUUGUUUUUAAAAAUAGUUUAUUUUCUUGGAAUACCUCUUAACCUCUUCCCCCAAGCCCAACUGAACAAUAAAAUAAAAAUCUUCAUAACAAAUAUACAUUGUCAAGCAAAACAAAAUCACCAUAUCUAAAAAUUGUAUGCCUUAUUCUGCAUCUACAGUCCAUCACCUUGUUAUUCAAGGUAGGUAACAUGCUUCAUCCUAUGUAAAAUGAAACAGGAAGCCAAAAAGAGCUGCAAAAUUCUUCAGCUUAAUUUACCUCCAUCAGAACAAUCUAGAUUUCUUGGUGAUGUUCUAGACCCAAAUGAGUUUUACUUUAUUUAAAAAUAUUUUCCAAGGUUGAAAGAUUUGCUAUAUCUGUAAAAAUUGUGACAAAUAUCCAUCAGUUCAUAGGUUUUUUUUUAUGUCAUACAGCAACUUAUGUGAAAUGAUUGUGGGUUUGUUUAUUAUUGUGAAUUUGGGGGACUUUGGUUCUUUGAAUGUACAUUAUCUUCUGUUUUGCUGUUUUAUUCUGAAAAUUGUGCAAUAUAGUAUCUCAUUUUUAUUUUUUCUCCUUUUGUCUUUGAAGCACAUGUCAACAGUAUUGAGAUUUUUCUUUCAUUUUUUUAAAUUUUGCAGUAAUAUGUUUAAAAUACAUUUGUUCUUAUAUUUAUGCAUACCCAAUAGAUUAUAAAAAUGAUGCCAUUGAUUGUUUUAAAAAAUUAUGAGACUUUGCUUGAUGAUUUUGUCCGAUUCCAGGAGAAGGGAAUACAAAAAGAGCCAUUGCAUAGUGCCAGUCCCAAUGAGAUCGAUGAAAUUUUGAGCCAAGACAAGAGGACUAGAACUUGUUUGGGGUUCGAGGUUGCGGCUGUUUUUAAUGAAGUGCUGCACUUUGAGAUGAGAAAACCUGAGUUUAGGUUCUGCCUGAGACACUCCCUAGCUAGAUGAUCCCGAUUAGUCACUUAUUCUUUAAAAAUGUUGAUAAUAAUAGCACCUAUCUUAAAGGGUCAUUAUAAAGAUCAAAUGCUUUAAUGUGUGGAAGACUGAAAACUUUAAAGCACUAUAUAAAUACUAGCUGUUAUUAUGAA